AUGAACAAACGGCACUUACCUCCUCUUCCGUGAUCCCUUUUCCAGUUCAAAUCAAUGCUUUAAACCCUAAAUUAAAAUCUGUCGAGUGCCGACUUGUCCAGCCCAUCAAGCAGCCGCUCCUUCGCAGCUCACCAGCCACCUAGCAGUCCAGCUCCAUCCACCGUCCACGUAAAGCAGCCUCCAAGCCGUCACAGUGAGAAGACUCUGCUUUCUGGACUCGCUUCACAAUGGCUAUUCUCUUCCACAAAUUCCAACAGAUUAUAUGGUGUAUGAAUGAAUGAAGGCUUAUGUGCUUAGUUAAAUUAUGAUGCCUAACAUUAGACAAUGGGUGAGCCUUGCUGGAAGCUUUCCUUCUGGGAAGAAGUAUGAGCUUGGAAUGGCAUGCAAGAUUUAAACGUCCAGCUACAAUCGUUUGGGAAGGAAUGCUGACAAGGUGGAUGCAGAGGAAAUUAUUGAUAUGGCGAAUAAAGCCUCCGUUUCUGAUCAACAGAAGCAAGUCCAAGAAAACAUCCACUCACAAAUCAAAAGUUUUUGCAUGUCUAUGGAUGAAAUUCUUCUCCCUAAUAAUAAAAAGAUAGAUGAGGCACUCGAAUUGCCACCACAAUCAGCUGCUGCUCCUCGUCGUAGUGGCCUUAGUUUUGCUGUUGGCAAGGAUGACCAACCUAAUUACCAUGCUGUUAUACCGGAAACAAGGCCAUCAAAACAAGCUGAGGUCUCUGAAAGACUAAAGGACCUCAUUGGUUACCGACUUGAUAUCAAGCCAUCUCAAAUACUCCAUGAGGAAGCUGGGCAAGGCUUAUUUUUAGAUGGUGAAGCUGAUGUGGGUGCAGUUGUAGCUUUUUACCCCGGCGUAAUAUACUUCCCAGCUUACUACCGUUACAUUCCUGGAUACCCAAAAGUUGAUGCACGAAACCCAUAUUUGAUCACUCGGUAUGAUGGAAGUGUGAUCAACGCCCAACCUUGGGGUUUUGGGGGUGAAGGCCGUGAAGUUUGGAAUGGCCUUAGCAUGGCAGACUUUAAGCCAGACAUGCAAGGUGUUGAGAAGGGUUCAGAGCGUGUCUGGAAAUUGCUCAGUACUCCUUUGGAAGGUACACGAGCAGGUAUCAAGGGUGAUGUAUUGGAGCGGAGAAACCCAUUGGCUUUUGCUCAUUUUGCUAACCACCCAGCAAAAGGCAUGGUCCCCAAUGUCAUGAUUUGCCCUUAUGAUUUCCCAUUAACUGAGAAAAACAUGAGACCCUAUAUUCCAAAUAUAUUGUUUGGAAAUGCUGAAGAAGUAAAGAUGAAAAGAUUUGGCAGCUUUUGGUUCAAAUUUGGGGGUUCAGGAAAUGGUGGGUCAGAUGUUGCUGUUUUGAAGACACUUGUUCUGGUGGCUACUAGGGCACUUUGUGAUGAAGAACUGCUCUUAAACUACAGGUUGAGCAACUCUAAGCGACGGCCAGCCUGGUACACUCCUGUGGAUGAAGAGGAGGAUAGAAGGAGAUGGAGCUAAAUUAGUGUAAGUUGACUUGAAAGCCAUAAAUGCAUCGGAUUCCUUCAUUUUACCCUGGGCCAUAUUUAUUUCUUGUUCUUACUUCGCGUCAGACUUUGUGUUAUGAAAAUGAUCAAGAUGGAAAAAAAAUAAAUAAAUGGACAUAGCUGGUGACAUUACUAAACAAAUGAUGAUAUUCAGACAUUUGCCAUGAUGGAUUCAAAAAUUUUGGUUCUGAACGGACAUUUGUUAGCCUGCUUUAAGCAGGCAUGGUAUCCAAGCCAAUUUGUAUUUUC